CGAGUUAGUAAAGCAAGAUGGCGACGACGGGAGAAAUUUCUUCGUCUGAAAGCCCUAAUUCUACCUCGCAAGAUAUGACAGAUCGACUGAAGCUUCUUUACCCCGCAGUGAACGAGGAUGACACUCCGAUACCCCGCUCAUGGAGCCCAAAAGAUAAAUACAAUUACAUCGGCCUUUCUCAAAAUAAUCUGCGUGUUCAUUACAAAGGUGUGGGCAAAACCCCUAAGGAUGCUGCAAGCGUGCGCGCUACCCACCAUAUUCCUGCAGCAUGUGGAAUAUACUACUUUGAAGUGAAAAUAAUCAGCAAAGGCAGAGAUGGAUAUAUGGGCAUUGGUCUCUCUACCCAGGGAGUCAACAUGAACCGGCUGCCAGGUUGGGACAAACAUUCCUAUGGUUACCAUGGUGAUGAUGGCAACUCAUUCUGCUCUUGUGGAACUGGCCAACCAUAUGGCCCAACCUUCACAACAGGCGAUGUGAUUGGCUGCUGCCUCAACCUCAUUGACAACACUUGUUUCUACACCAAGAAUGGUGUAAACCUUGGUGUGGCUUGCACAGACCUCCCGCCCAAGCUGUACCCCACUGUGGGCCUGCAGACUCCAGGAGAAGUUGUGGAGGCCAACUUUGGACAGAGUCCCUUUGUCUUUGACAUAGAGGAUUACAUGAAGGAAUGGAGAAUGAAGACUGGCCUGACCAUCUCUCGUUUCCCAGUGUCAGACCGACGAGGGGAGUGGUCAGCUGCUCUUCACAGGAUUGUGUCGACAUACCUAGUCCACCAUGGCUAUUGCUCAACAGCAGAAGCCUUCACCAAGAGCACCAGUCAGCCCAUAGAUGAAGAUCUCGCUUCUAUCAAGAACAGACAGAGAAUCCAAAAACUGGUACUGGCGGGGCGAAUGGGUGAAGCCAUCGAGGCUACCCAGCAGCUGUACCCGGGACUCCUCGAGAGGAACCCCAACCUUCUCUUCACACUCAAGUGCAGACAGUUCAUCGAGAUGGUAAACGGAACAGACAGUGAAGUGCGCGGUGCAGCAAUCCGAAGCCCUAAGUCACGACACAGUAGUGGUAGCAGUCGGUCCUCCCCCAGCAUGAGCCCAGUGCAUUAUGGGUGUGGCGGGAACACACUCCACCCCCAGAGGACGUCUGGGGGGUCGGGGAGCAGCAGUCCAAGCCGCUCGUCUACAAAAAGUCACAGCUCAGGCAGUUCCUCCUCCCAAAACUCCCACAAUCAGUCAGACUCUCGUCGGGGGGAGGAGGAGAUGAACGCUGCAAACUCUGAUCACAUGUCAAUGAACGGCAGUUCGCGACUAAUUGACAAUGAGGACGUUGAAAUGAGCGAAGGUCAUGUAGAAGAUGGUGUGAUAACCAAUGGCACGUCAGGGGGAGGGGUGUGCAUGAACGGGAACUCACACCCAUGUGAUGAUGAAGAUAUGGAGGUUGACUCUCCCUCAAGUCGCAGACAGAUGUGUGGAGGCAGCCAGGCUGCUGUACAGAAGAUGCUUCAGUUCGGCCGGGAUCUCAAGACCAUGAGUAUACACCUCCGCAGGCAGUAUGGCAAGAAUGAUGCAAACAAAAAAGCAUUACAAGAUGCCUUCAGCUUGUUAGCAUACGCCGACCCCUGGAGCAGUCCUGUCGGUGUGCAGCUGCAGCCGGUGCAGAGGGAACCUGUGUGUGCUGCCCUCAACAGUGCCAUUCUAGAAUCCUAUGGAUUACCAAAACAACCUCCAUUAGAACUAGCCAUAGCUCAGGCCACCCAGUGCAUGAGGCUUAUGUCCAAAGAGGGCCUAGGAGCUUGCGCCUUUGCCAGUGUAUCAGACUUUCUCCACUAGUGCCAGGGUUAGGGUCACGCCCACACAUGUCAACAGGGUUGGCCUCGAUCUGAUAAACAUUGAAGCCUUCCUCCCUCCCAGCACUUAUGAGUGGCUCUGGUUGUUAGGAGAGUGACUGUGGUAACUCUACGUGAGUAGCUCUGGUUGCUGUGUGAGUAACUCUAGUAACUACAUGAGUGACUGGUGAUUACUUGAGUGACUACAUGGGUGACUGGUGAUUACGUGAGUCAUUCUACGUGAGUGACUCUGGUGGUUAUAUGAGUGACUGUACAUGAGUGACUGGCGAUUAUGUGAGUGUCUCUGGUGAUUACGAGAGUGUCUCUGGUGAUUACGAGAGUGUCUCUGGUGAUUACGUGAGUGUCUCUGGUGAUUACGUGAGUGUCUCUGGUGAUUACAUGAGUGACAGGUGAUUACGUGAGUGUCUCUGGUGAUUACAUGAGUGACAGGUGAUUACGUGAGUGUCUCUGGUGAUUACGUGAGUGACACUACGCGAGUGACUCAGGUUGCUAAGUGAGUGACUCUAUGAGAAUUACUCUGGUAAUUACGUGAGUGACGACAAGGGUGACUCUGGUUACUGUGCGAGUGACUGUCAAGUAUGUGAGUGACUGGUGAUUACGUGAAUGACUGUGUGUGUCGUGUCUGUUGAUUACGUGAGUGACUCAGAUUGCUAUAUGACUGACUCUCAUAAUUACGUGAUUGACUGGCAAUUACAUGAGUGACUGGUGAUUAUGUGAGUGAUUCUGGAGACUAUGUAACUCAUGAGUGACUCUACGUGAAUGACUCUAGUCACUACAUGAGUAACUCUGGUGACUGCAUGAUUGACCGGUUGCCAUGUGAGUAACUCUAUGUGAGUGGCUACCAAGGAUGGUGAUGAGUGCACCAAGAAUGAUCAUCAACUUGAUGGCAAACACACUCCAAGUUCAGUGGUACAAGUUCCUGUAUGAUUGUACCUGUUGGGAUGUGCAAGCUGGAUUGCGCUGGCCACAUUCAGCGUUCAUAACGAUGCAGCAUUUAGCCAGGUUACCAGAAGGACGGCUGGGAUAGAAAGGUUCACAGACACAAGGCCCUGUGUCUGACACACCUGUGAUAAUCUAAACGUUUUGAUGUGCUUUGGAAUCUUUGGGCAGCAACACAAAGGUAGAGAAUGAGCAUCUUGCUGGACUGGCCUCUCAAGGACAGCUGAAUGACUGUGACCUAUGUACACAAACACUUGAAAGUUUUUACAAUUUUAAUCUAAAAGAAGCUGUGUCAACAAAUAUAUUUUCAAAAUUAAUUAUUAACAGGAAAACACAUUUGACCUACCAGCACACCAUCCAGAGUGAUUAUAUUCAAGAUGUACUUUAUCCACUGAUGGUAUUGAGGAAUACAGGUUGUAAAGCAACAUGCCCUAUCAUGAGAUCUUAUGUAAAGUGUAUGCAUUAAUGAUACAUUUCACCAUGAUCAAGGAUUAACGAAAUAAGUAUCAAUAUGGUCAGGCAAAAUCAUGAUAGACAAAAGUGGAAACCUUGGUUUCAUAAUGCAUCAAGCACAAGAGGUUUUGAACCAGCUGUGGUCCAAACCUUGAUAAAAUGAUACUGUAAGAGAUAUAAAUUGCGACCUGCCCCAUCUCCCACUCCAUAACUAUUAUGCUUUUGUCAAUUAGGAAAAUACAUUAAAUACAUGUUUUGACAGAUCACUUGGAAAAGUGUUUUUCAUUUUACUUUUAUUUGACGAAGUUGUAUUGGUGAAAUAACACACUUUCGCAAACAGUGCUUAUAAAAAAGAGCCUACAUAUUUGGAUAUAAAGACAAGAUUUGUCUUUUGUGAUGCAGAUAAACACUAGAUGGAGGAUAACAUCAAAAUGAUCUGUUGAAUUGUCUGAAUAAAACAGAAUGGUGCUUCAAGCAUACUCUCUUUUCCAACAAACACCCCACCCCCACUCCCACCCCCACUCCCAUCCCCAUCCCCAUCCCCAUCCCCUGUCAUGGGUUGUAUUAUGAGUUCAAAAUAUUCCCAUUUUGGUUGCUGUUUAUGUUGAUUUCAGUAUCAACUAUCUUUUUGUUAUUAAACAUAAUAACAUGUUAUCUGUGUAUGUAUCAUUGUAUUGAUACAAGUUUUCAUGAUACAAUAGUUGUAUCAUUCAUGGCACCAAGUAUCACAUUGUUUGGACAUGUGGGAGAAUCAUUACAGCCGUAGGAUUAAACCACAGAGCAAAAAAAAUCUGCUGCUGAUGCCAAGUACUGCUAAGCUGAAAAAAAAUACUGAAAAAAAUGCAGUGUAAAAUAGUUUCCAUUUCCAUGUCAGGGACAGGUUGGAAUAUCCAGCAUGACACUAUGCUAUGCAUAGUCACUGAGAAUAUAUUUAUUACAUGUUUGUUACUUAUGAAAUCAUGUGUAUGAGUGGCAUUAACUGACUGCCCAAGAAUUGUUUGUGUUUUGAAAGACGGAAACUUCUGCACUGUUGAGGUGUUUCAGUCUCCUCAGAACUUACAUGAUAGGGUGUGACCAUUUCUUCUGAUUGAUGGGAUGUCAUUUGUGUGCUGCAUCGUAGAGCUAUGAAACAUCCCUAGGAUAAGGUUUUAUUCUUAACAUUGCUUCAGACUAGUUGUAAUAAACACAAUAUGGAUAGCUGAAAUAAUUCACGUUCUACUCCACAGCAUGUGCCUGUCAUUCAGUCAGUUUGAUGCAGUUACAUUGGAUUGGUUUUGUGUGAAUAUACAUGUGCUAAAUUUUCAAAUAUUUGAUUUUGCAGACAGUUCAUAUUUUGCAUUUAUGUGGUCAGUGGGUGGUUAAAGGAAAGUGCCAGUGACUUCACUCCCAUCUUUUCCCAAUCCGUAGUCCACCCUCAUCCACAGCCUUUCCAGAUCAGCGGCUCAUCCAUAUCAGCUGCCCCCCCAUCAGCAAUCCACCCCAUCUCCAAUCAGCAAUCCACCCCAUCCCCAAUCAGCAAUCCACCCCAUCCCCAAUUAGCAAUCCAUCUCAUCAGAAGCCCAACUCCCUCAGCAACUCCUCCCCUAGUCAAGAAUCCAUCUCAGACCACCCCCAUCAGUAGCACACCCCUUCAGUGACCCACCCACAUCAGCAGCGACCCACUCCCAUCUGCAGUCCACCCCAUCAGUGACCUACCCCUUUAGUGCCCCACCCACAGCAGCAGCGACACUCGCACCCCAGCAGCUACCCACUCCCAUCUGCAGUCCACCCCAUCAGUGACCCACCCCUUUAGUGCCCUACCCACAGCAGCAGCGACACUCGCACCCCAGCAGCUACCCACUCCCAUCUGCAGUCCACCCCAUCAGUGACCCACCCCUUUAGUGCCCCACCCACAGCAGCAGUGACACUCGCACCCCAGCAGCUACCCACUCCCAUCUGCAGUCCACCCCAUCAUUAGCGACACACCCACCUCAUCAGUGACCGUGACUAUUGACAGUGCAGGAGCUUCCACCUCAUUGUUUCGUACCUGGAUUAACAUUACUGCUAUGUAUUAGCUGGAUGAUCUUUGUCUAUCGAUUGUACAGAUUCUAGUGAUAUGCUGACAUGUUGAUAUUAUGGGAAUGUACAGGGAAUUGUUGACAAAUGUUUUGUUUCUCCAAAUGUUUUUUCCUUCUUCUAGUGUAGCGAUGCUGAUGAAGCACCUUUAGAUCAGACCUUGACACAGUUGACGGAUUAACCAUUGGCCUCAUAAUUCUCAGGCCAUACCCCUGUGUAAAUCACGGCAACUGAGAUUCAUUAUCAUUGUUUGACAUUAUGUCCAGAAAAUGUUCUAGUCUAGCUGAACCAGAGCUAGCCUUAUACUGGAAACAGCAGAAAUAUAGUAGACAUAUCAUGCGAACAGUAAAUCUGCAGUCUUGAAUUGUGGGCAGAAACUCCUGUACCAAGAAUAGAUGUAGCCUGCAGAAAAUGGUAAACGUUCCCAAAUUGGAAUUAAAGAUUUCCCAAUUCAGGCUAUCAUUAAAUUUAACAUAACAUGUUGUAGCUUUGCUUACCGGUAUUUGACUUUGUUAGACAUUAUUGCUUUGAAUGCAAUGUUAGAAUAUUUCAAAAUGUAAGUUUAGCAGAACUGUCCAAAAUUCCCAAUUUAUGACCGAAACAUUCAUCUCCCAUUUUGCCAGUUAAGGUUCCUUGAUAUGAAAUUCCUAGAUAAGUCCCAAAAUAUAUGCAGAGCUUCAGAUUUAUUUGAAUAAAUAUUCAUGACCAAUUACCCUUUCCAAUUGAAAUAUAGGUGAUAGAAGUAUCAGAAACAUAGGGCUAAGUUAUCAGAACUAUAGGGGUCAGAUAUUGGACAUAUUGGUGUCCGGUGCCAGAAGGAUAGGGGUUGAGGUAUCGGACAUACCGCGGUCAGGUGUAAAAAAUAUAGGGGUCCGCUACCAUGAAUGUAGGUCAAGACACCUAAAAUCAUCAGAAACGGAGGGUGAUUUUUUUUGUCUGGGGGUCAGUGACCAAGACUCCAGUGUAAUCUGAAGCACUGUAUAUAUAAUAUGCCAAAUAUGUUUCUAUGGUUUUCUUUUUCUCCAUGUAGGUUUUAAGACAUAUAGAUAUGAUCUGGUUCAAAUAAAAAAACUGAAGGUGAUCAGCUCAGUGAAUAUUUUCAACAGCUGAUUUCAUCCAAAACAAUCAUGUUCAGUAAACACUUGAUUUACACAGAGCUAUGGACCAGAAACAUACCACCUAUGUGACACUUUGACAUGAAGAAGUCAUUGUUAAUACAGCAUUCAUCAAACCAUCCCUGAUUAACAUCCCAAUGUUGGAGUAUCCCGCUGCCGCAAUCACAACUAGGACUCCAAAAGACUUCCUUCUCCUCAUCCACUGCAAGACUCCCAUGGAGCAGAGACUGUUAUGGACGAGUGUUUAAUUUAUUAAUUUGUGAUAAUGAUUUUAAUUAGACUCAUUGAGAAUGUAUGUAGUUUCAAUAUUUUAUUAUCCUGAUUACACCUCUGAAAUGGAUAAAUUGAGGGUUACUAUUAUGCCUAUUGUGAGAAUGUGUGAUAUAUGAUAAUAAAUUACAAAGUUUGUACAUGA